AUGGGGUCGCCCUUCUUGGGGUACUCGGAUGAGGAUUAUGGGCUCGCCUCGGUGUGGGGUCGCCUGAUCUUCCUCUCGUGCAUUACAACGGGGAUUCUUUACGUCUUAUUCGGUCUCUUUGCGUGCCGCCGACUCAUACUGAGGGAUGCUCGGUGGCUCCUCAUGGCGAUCCUCUACUUUUCCAUCGGUGUGUGUCACGCCUUCUUCACUCUGACACUACUAUGCUUCGCCAUUGCUUGCGUUCUUCACAGCUUUGAGAAACCAAUGCAGAGCGGGGAAAUGAUCAUGUACUCGGGUAUCAUGACCAUCAUCACCAUGUACUUUGCUUGCGGACGCAAAACCAUCCUUUACUCCCUUUGA